UAAUACAGCAGUAUCCAAAGCUAAAAGUCUAUUGGAUUCAAUACAAGAAAUGCCAUUUAUUUUAUGUUUAAUAGUAUGGUUUGCAAUGUUGUGUAAAAUUAACGCUAUCAAUAUACUAUUUCAAGCGAAAAUAAUUAUUCUUGAGUCUACUUUUAAUCUAUACCUAUAUCUACGCUUAAAUGCACUUGCUAUAUUAAGAAUCGAAAAAAAAAUUUGCAGAAAAAAAUUGUAAUUUUUCUGAAGUAGUUAAUGUAUUAGCAAAAACAAAAUCACGCUUUAAAUAAACACGCAUUAGUAAUAUAUGUUCGUGUUUGUAAUUUUUUUUUACUUUACAAAAAAUUUAGGCCCCAAAUAGUUUCUUGCACCCGGGCCCCUUUAUAGAGAAGGCCGGCCCUGCACUUAAUCUGCACAGGCUGGUAAAGCCCGAUCUCGGAGUCGUUCGGAUGGCUAGGAGGGCAAAUCGAGUGGUAAGUCGACAGGUUUCCUCGGAUAGACAGGAGACAUGUUUAACAAAUAACAAAAUAUGUUUAUUCUAUAACUAAAGUAAUUUACAGGAGUAUACAAGUUACUGAUUAUUGCCUAGAUGCGGAAAUACAAAUAUAUCUAUAAUCGCUCUAACUAUUCGCCAUGCCUCGUGAGAGAGUUUACAAAGGCUUUAGAGUGAGAGAGUUAUAUUGGCGGUCAAUUAUACCUUAUGUUGGAGGACGGUAUGCGACGAUCAUCCUGGACUAUGGAAGCUGUCUGUCUGUCACAGGCUUAUAUCUUCUAACGGCUUCUCCUUGGACAGGAUAGGGACGGGAGACACUUACGCCCUGUAAACCCUCUGGCCCACAUAUAUAAACGCGAUAAACGAAUCCAUAAGAAGGCAAAAGGUUAUGCGCUACGUAAUCAAAUUCGUUUAUCAAUUUCAUUAGAUAACUUUCGACCAAUGAUGAGCUUGCACAUUAUCUAAUCUUACGUUUAUUUCUAAACUUCGUUAAUGACGUCUACUUCUAAUGUUUGACACUCAGUUAAACUUUCUAUUGUGAACGUUGGAUAAAACUGGCGUGUGAGAAAGCAUAAUGGAGAAGAUGAAAAUAUAUAAGGAAGUGGGUGGAGUGCCUAUGCCGCUGGAUUAUUCGGAAGAAUCGUUUUUAUCUGGAAUGAAUUAUAAAGCGAAACUUGGAGAUUUAUUUCUCGUUAGUUAUCCUAAAUGUGGAACAACUUGGAUGCAUUAUAUAGUCACGUUAAUCCUUCGUAAAGGUCAACCAUCAGAGGAUCCGUUAGAUUUCAUGUUAGGUUGUCCGUUUAUAGAAAUUGUGGGAGGAGAAUACAUAGAAACGGCAAAACCGAAAGCAAUGAAAACACAUUUACCAUUUUCUGCUAUUCCUUUUUCUCCAGAAUCUAAAUACAUUUACAUUACCAGAAAUCCUAGAGAUUGCUGCGUUUCUUAUUAUCAUUUCGUGAAAUUACUUUCAUUUCCCCAGAAAGAAUUAAGUUUUCAAGAAUUUUUUGAGGCAUUUCUCCAGGGUAAUUUAAGAAGAGGAGAUUAUUUCGAUCACCUUCUCGGAUGGUACGAACAUAAAAAUGACAGCAACGUUCAUUUUGUAACAUACGAAGAUCUCAAGAAAGAUAUUAAAGGAGAAAUAUUGAAAAUAGCGAAAUUCAUGGGGGGAGAAUACGAAAAAAGUAUUUCGAAUGAUCCAACAAUAUUAGAAAAUAUUAUUCAUUACAGCAGUUUCGAUUAUAUGAAAGAGAACAGCAAGAAGAACGUUGAUGUGUUUUUUCAAAAAGACAAAACGUGGCUACAAAACAAGAAUUUUCCUCCAGGGAUGAUGAAAUUUGUACAAAAUACAAAUAAAACAGGAAAAGACACAAAAACCGGGACUCUGGUUAGAAAAGGAAUUGUUGGCGAUUGGAAAAAUCACUUUAACGAAGAACAAAUUCGGAUAACCGAUUAUGUAGGAAAAACAUAUUAACCUAUCCCAUGUUGAAAUUUUUCUCCG